AUGCCAAUAACACCAAAACUCUUGAGGGCAUAUGUUUUUGAGUUUAUCAAAGCAAACAAUCAUUGCUUAAAUGUCAACGAAAAACUGGCAGGUAGAGACUGGUGUAACAUUUUCUUAAGGCGCUACCCAAAAAUUAGCUGCCGAAAGGCGCAAUUUAUGAACCCAGCAAGAGCUGAAUCUGAAAAAAUGAAUCCGUUUAUUGUUAAAGACUAUUUCACCAAAUUAGAAAAACUAAUGUUAUUGCAUGGCUUUUUUAUUACUCCAGUAAUGCUCUACAACAUGGAUGAAAAAGGAGUCAGACUUACAGUUCAUCACCAACAAGCUGUUUUAGCACAACGGGGAGCGAAGAGAGUUCAUCUUGUUGCUCAGGAACAUGCAGAAAAUGUGACUGUGGUUGGCUGUGCCAAUUCUAUGGAAUGUGCUAUACCUCCAAUGGUGCUUUUCAAAGGUAUUCGUAUGAAGAGUGAAUUCAGUGACAAUUUGCCUCCAGGUUCAACUACAUUAAUAACGGAGAAGAGGUCGAUGACCAUCGAAUCAUUUCUUUUAUGGCUUGACCACUUCAAUAAAUAUAAAACAAGUGGAGAGACUCUGUUAAUUAUUGAUGGUGCUGCUUUCCGUAUUAAUAUCAGAAUAGUUGAAAAGGCGGAAAGCUAUGGGGUUCACAUCUUUUGCUUACCAAGCAAUACUACCCAUGAACUGCAGCCCAUGGACGAAUUUGUCUUUAAAGCUUUCGAGUCCUAUUGGGAUGAAGAAGUCAUGAAAUAUUUGAAGACAUAUCCAGACAGAAGAAUAACCAAAUCUCUAUUUGGAAAACGUUUUACACCAGCAUGGAACAAGUGCAUGUCAAUUGGGAUUAUUACAAUUGGUUUCAGGGCUACUGGGAUUUAUCCUUUUAACCCGAAUGCCAUUCCAGAUACUACUUUUUUGCCAAGUACUUUGACAAAAAUUGAUGAUACAUCUUUUAACACGUGUCUUACUAAAUCUGAUCUUUCAACAACUCCAGUCGUCCAACCAGGACCUUCAACAAUUCCAGUCAUCCAACACGGUCCUUUAGGAGAUUCAGUCGUUUGA